CAGGACACCUAAGCUGCUCUAGUCAGCCUGCUUCCACAAGGCCCCACCUGUCAGCCAGUGCAGUACCUUGGCUGGGCGAGCAGCAUCCAGCAUGAACCAGGUGGUCGUGUUCUUGGUAAUGGCCAUGGGAACCCACACCCUCAGUAUUCGGAUCAAGAAAGACUGCAUCCAAUGGUCCAGCUGCUGCCCCAGCAAAGGCCAGGAACCCACUCAUGAAUGGCUGAUGCAGAACACUGUGCUCAUGACCCCGCCAGAGACCACUAGCCUCAUCCAGAACCCAGAAUCCUGCAGGGCCAGUGAAGAUGGACCCCUCAACAGCAGGUCUAUCUCCCCUUGGAGAUAUGAGUUUCUCGUCUUCCCAGUUCCCUUCCUGGGCUGGUGGCAGUGGGGGCUGUGCCAGAGGGGCCCUACGGAGAUGCUCAGUGCUCGGGAUCACCGGGACCGGCCCCCCGAAGAGGGGGCAGCUGCAGUGCUCCAGGGCUUCGCGGUGGACAAGACCUUCCUCUCCUCCCUCAAAGGCAUCUUGCUGGAAACCGAGCUGGCCCUGACCUUCAUCAUCUUCAUCUGCUUCACCGCCUCCAUCUCUGCCUACAUGGCUGCAGCCCUGCUCGAGUUCUUCAUCACGCUUGCCUUCCUCUUCCUCUACGCCACCCAGUACUACCAGCGCUUCGAUCGGCUGAACUGGCCCUGUCUGGUUUUUGGCAUCAUCCUGGUUUCUGUCUUUGCCUAUGAUGCCUUCAAGAUCUACCGGACUGAGAUGGCACCCAGGACCACCCAGGGCCCUGCCCAAGGGAACAGUGCACAUUUCCUUUGGUCUCACUAGCCCUGAGCCCACAACCUCCCAGCCAGGCCUACAGAGAUGGAGUCUGGCCUGAGAAGUCACCAGAGACUUGUCUGUGGGGUUCAGUGCUCUGAUGAAGCUCCAACAGGAAGAAGGUGUUUUGGGGAGGGAGGGCAAGAGGAAGCUGGUCAUUCCCAAAUUAAAAGAUUCGAAUCCUA